UGUCCCUCCAAUCCGCCGCCACUCAUCAACAACAUCAUCUCCCCAAGCCAUCAUCAUGUUUUCCGUCAUCAUCCCGGGCCGACCCUGCCUGACGGACAUCGUCGCCGUCGACGCGCAACCGAACGGCCAACCCACCAAAUUCGCCUUCACCUUCCCGCAGACGCCCGCCUUCGACGAGCUGGUCGUCUUCUUCCUGCCGGGCACCGUGCUGCCCCCGGACACCGCCGCCGCCAUCUACCUCCAAUUCCCGGAGUCGGUCGGAUCAUCAGCAGCAGCAUCAUCCUCACCGGCCCCGCAGUUCCGCUUCAUCGGCGCCUUAGCCAACGAACGGCCCUCCGCCAUCUUCAAAGUCCGCCCGCCGUCCCCGGAAACGGCGGCCUCGCUGUCGUCCGCGCUGGUCACGCUGGGGAUCUCGAUCGAGCCCGUGCACGCGGUCGCGCCGCAGCUCGCCGCGCUGGAGGCCGAGGAGAAUCACAACCCGGGGUCGUCAAUGGCGCUGACGACGACCCCCGCGCGACCCCCGAUCAGCACCAAGGUCCUGGCGCAGCGCAUCAUCGGGAACGCCUUCAAUUUCCUGGCGAGCUUUGCGUCGUCGGAUAAGGGCCAGGAUGUGGUGCCGCUCAAGAGUUUUCAGGAUUGGUGGAAGAAGUUUGAGAGGCGGGUGGAUAUGGAUCCCUCGUUCUUGGAGAGGGAGGAUCCCACGGCGACGGGGUGAGAUGCCUGCGUUGUCUGUGGGGGGUUUUGUAACUCGAUAAGGGAA